GAAGAAGAGAUUCAGGAGGGCCGUUUGAAAAGAUUCACAGAUCACACUGCGUGUAAUAUUUGUAACGCUCGAAAACUAUACAUUUUAGGAUGUUUUAAUACUUUAAAAAACAAAAAAUUUUAUUCAUUAUGAGCAAAGGACUUCAAGUUAAAAAAAUGACAGGAGAUCUGUUUGGGGGUCUGAGGAGCCAAUCCUUCUACCUGCAUGACGUGAAGAGACAUCAGUCUGCCAGACUCACUGACAUCAUUAUCCGUCUGGGAGGGAAAGUAGACAGUUUCCUCACUAAGGAUGUGAAUGUGGUCGUGACGGGCACUAAAGAAGCUCAUAGUAAUUUGCUGUUGGAUAGUUCAUGUACUGCAGGAGGGAAACAAUCUGGAACCCCCAAGCCUCUGGUUUGUGGCAGUCGUGGAAGAGCGUUACUGGAAAAAGCCAUCCACAGCAAUGAGAAGUAUCAGAGCAGUGUGCUGGCUAAUGCUCGCUCAUGGGGAGUCAAGGUCUACAGUGUAGAUGAAUUUCUCAAGUUUAUCAAUCAUCUGAAUCAGAAAAUGAGGACAGCUAAGAAAAAAAGCAGCAAACUUACAGCUCCUCAUGUUAAAGCUGGAGUCUUGAAGGGUCCUUAUCUGAAAGUGGAAGACUUCAGUCGGAAGUUCAGACCAUUCUAUGCACAGACUCUGAGUUUCCCAAUGAUGAUUUACUCAGGCAAAUAUAGCCCUUUUGAGCUCCUCAUUCCUCGCCAGUCUGGUAGAAGCAAGGAUGAAGAUCCCAGCAAGGACAAUUUCAGGAAGAAGGAAGAACCCACUAGCAGCUGCCAUAAGUUGCAGACUGUGCCACUUACAGCAAGCGCCACACCCAAAGGCCCAACUAAGAAAAGUUCAGGCUAUUGCGAGUGCUGCCACAUGCCAUACAAAGACCAGUAUGAGCACUUGCAAUCUGAGAUGCAUCGUUCAUUCAUUCAAAAUGACAGUAACUAUGCUGUAGUGGACCAACUAACCGCUGGCAUGAAUGCUAGCUUUGUUUGCAAUCCAAAUCAAGAAGUGGAUCCAACUCUAAUCAAGUCAUCGACAGACUUCUCUCCGUUACAUUUGAAUCAUUUAACUGAGAUGCAGAAUACUGUCAGUGAGGAUGAAAAAUUUCUGCAGACUCCACUGGUUGAAGACUGUGGACACGUACCGCCAAUUACUGACAUAUUUUCUUCAUCUUUAGACAACAGAGAAAACUUUCCUGAACCCAGCCACAGUCCAUCUGGUCAACAAAAUGCGACCUCACAUCUUGAUAGAAUUCAAAAUAACUGCCCUGAUCCUCUUGAUCAUGACAAAUUAGGCCUUUACAUCAGCUGCACCACAAAGGUUCAAGACUUUCAAUCUGGUGUUCUCUGCAUGGAUAUAGUCCCGCAUCAGUUUUUCUCAAAAUCCCAGUCUAUAGAGAAGAAACUCAAAAGCCUCUCUUCUGUCACACCCUCAGAAACUCAGUCUAAAAUGAUCCUAAGCUCCUCCAGAGAUGACAAAAUCCCAUGUACCAUCUCUGUUGAUGAAUAUGUCCCUGAAACUCAGGAUCGAUGUGAAAGUGGUCGUGGUCGACUUGCAUUGCAUAUGUCAGAGAGUCUUACAGGUGCUGUUCUGAACACCGUCUGCUCACAAAAUCAAAAACAGAACUGGGACCAAGGCCCUAAAAUGCUACUCCACGGAAGGGAAGAUUGUAAUUCUGAGAGUUGUGGCCAGUUUGUGAUGGAAAAUAGAAAGUUGUCUUCAACAAAACAAUCGCUAAAAUUGGCCCAGGAUAUUGUUGGGUCUCCAGAGUUUGGCAUCUCUUACUUUUCAUUUCCCCAUUUACUACCAUUUCCACAUUUGUCAGAUUACCAAUUUUCUGUAGUUAACUUUAAAAAGCGCUGCAGGUCCUUCACUCCAAGUCCAAAACUUGCAAAGAGAAGAAAGAUUAGUCAAAGCGAAAAGCCAAAGCUAUCCUGGAAUUGCAGUGCUCCUAGGAUAAGACUGUACUCAUCUGUACUUUCCACCAUUUCUUGUUUACCAGUACCCAAGGUGGGUUUUGCAACAAAGAUAAAUAAUCGAACUGGAGGUGCCUUACCGGAAACCCAUGAAUCAUCACUGAAAGAAUCUUCUUUUGCAAAGCAGAUCCCAACGCAGCCUUCCCUAAAAUAUUUUACUCCUCCCAAUACCCACUAUUUGCCUCAAGUUGACCAACAGGACAAUGACGCAAGUCAAACUUGUGUCCAUGUUGAGCAGUCACAUGAAUUGUUUCCAGUGGAAUCCCGAGUAACCACUUACUCAUCCGAUUUGGACCCUCCUCAGUUGGUUCCAUUUUUCCAUGAAGACCAACGACUCCAGUGCCGUCAAUAUCAUGAUCCUCCAGAAUUGUUUCCCGAAGAUACCUCCCAUACAUCAGUCAGUAAAGCCUCAAACAGCUCAUUCCAGUCACACUCCGGAGCCUCUGUUUGCAUUGAAUCUGCUCUGCUCCCUAACCUCACGUGGUCCACGGCCUCCUCAGAAUCAGAUUGGGACUCUGGACUCUUGUCAUGGAUUGCGACUGCUGUUCCUCUUCAGGCUAAAGGGGGGCAUGAUGACCUGGGUCAGUUACUACAAAAGCCACACAGUGCCAUGCAGGAUGGGAGCUAUACAUCACGGUUGUGCUCCAUACUGCAACCCUCUUGAUUCACAUUUAUAGGAAUAAUGUUGCACCAAUACACGCAAUAGGACAAUUGCGACUUGAUGAAUUCUAUCCUAAAUCCGUCGAUUCCUUCACUCUCCAUUCUCAUUAGUCACUCAUUUUCAC